ACCACACUCCUUUUCUUAAUUCCUGUUUUUCUCUCAAACCAUUUUUUUUCUUUCUCUUUCAAGAAAUGACUAUUAGGAAAUCAAACAAGUUGUCACAAACUGCAAUGUUGAAGCAAAUUCUAAAAAGAUGUUCAAGUUUGGGAAAGAAAAGUAGUACUAAUGGAUAUCAAGAGGAACAAGAAGGUCUUCCAAUGGACGUACCAAAAGGUCAUUUUGUAGUAUACGUUGGAGAAAAUCGAACAAGGUACAUUGUUCCAAUUUCCAUUUUGUCACGGCCCGAAUUUCGGGUACUACUUCAACGGGCCGAAGAAGAAUUCGGAUUUGAUCACGACAUGGGACUUACAAUUCCUUGUGACGAAGAUUUUUUCGAAUCUCUAACUUCCUCAAUGCUAAGGUAAAUAAAAAAGACGAAAAUUAGUCGCCAGUAAGUUCCCAACGGAGUUAGUUAAAUCUCCAGUAAAUUCUUUAUAACGGAAGUUCAGGAAUCUACUUUAUUGCUUCUAUCUUUUUUUCUAUUUUUGUAUUUAUUUUUUUUGGCUUUUGGGAUCUUGUGUUUAUUGUUAUAAACUAACUGGAAACCUGGUGAAGGGUAUGUUUGUAAAUCUCAAAAGUUUGUAAUUUUCCUCAUAGUGGUGUUUGAUAAUAUUUGUACCCUAUGAGAGAAUUAACUAAUUACUAUAAUAUAUAUAAGUUAUAUAA